AUGCUGCAGCGCAGUUACGAGCUGUCGCCCUCCCCGGCGCGAACACCACCCAUGCCAGCCAAUGCCACCACUAGAACCACCCAAGAGGCGGCUCCGCCGGCGGCAGCUAUGCCACCCGUUCAAGUCACCGACUUUAGCAUCAGCCGGAUACUGGGCAAGGAGCGAAAAAGUGUCCAAGAUGCAAGCACCAAUAUCCUUGAUCUCUCCAAGAGCAGCAGCCACAUCAACAGCAGAGGCAGUGACCUGAGAACAGCUCAACCAACAGGAUUACCCCCAGCAGGACCUGUAUUGUCAUCACCCUACGGAUGCUACUCCAUGCUGCCUCCGGAUCUGGUGGCCAUGGCCAAUGCCACCCAGUUCUAUGCCAAAUUCUUCCCGCACCUAUUGCCCGCCUAUGCGGCAGCAGCUGCAGCUGCAGGACUCAGUACUCCGCCCACUUCGCCAUAUCAGCAACCUCUCCCACAACAGCAUCCGCCCCAGCUUCAGCCGCAGCAGAAGCGCUACUUUGCGCCCUAUGUAAUUAAUGGCCAAGUUUCCCAUCAGCAACAGCAGCAGCAGCAAAUCCGUACCAAAGGUCCUGCCUGCACCCGUCUGGACUGCCAGGAGUGCCUGGAUUACUAUCAAAGACUGCAGGCUGGCUACAAGCAAUCGACGCCUCUUAUAUCACCCGCUGCCUCAUCCGUGAGCAGUUCCAGCGGCAUCCUGCGACCAGCAAGGGAAUUAACCAUGACUGCCGCCGGAGGAUCCGUCACCAAAAAUAUUUCUCUGAGCUCCGUAACCAACCUAAAUCUGAGUUUGAACAUGGCUCAGACAGCUGCUGUGUCCACUGUCGUCGGGAGCAGCUCAGGAGCGAUCGGUGGUUACAACACAGCUGCAGCCGAGGAGAUCAGCUACAAGUGCAGGAUAUGCGAAAAAGUCUUUGGAUGCUCCGAAACUUUACAGGCCCACGAGAAAACCCACAAAUCGCCGCGUUAUGAAUGCUCAGACUGCGGAAAGGGUUUUUCCCAGUUGAGAAACUACAAGUAUCACCUGUCCGUGCAUCGCGGCACCAAGGAGUUUGCUGCCGAGUGUCCCGAGUGUGGCAAGACCUUUAAUGACAAAGGUUACCUCAGUAGCCACAUGAAAAUCCACCGGAACCGGAAGGAGUACGAGUGUCCAUACUGCCCCAAGUCUUUCAAUCAACGCGUGGCCUUCAACAUGCACGUACGCAUUCACACAGGUGUAAAGCCGCACAAGUGCUCCGAGUGCGGCAAGAGGUUUUCCCGGAAGAUGCUCCUCAAGCAGCACAUGCGCACCCACAGCGGGGAGAAGCCCUACCAGUGUUCCGUGUGUGGAAAGUCCUUUGCCGAUCGCAGCAACAUGACGCUGCAUCAUCGUUUGCACUCCGGGAUCAAGCCUUUCAGCUGUCCCCUGUGCCCCAAGGCCUUCACCAAGAAGCAUCACCUUAAAACGCAUCUCAACUAUCACACUGGUUGCAAGCCCUAUGUCUGCCCGCAUCCCAAUUGCAACCAGGCCUUCACCCAGUCCAGCAACAUGCGCACCCAUGCCAAGAAGUGUCAGUAUCGUCCUUUGGAGGGGGCACCCACCACAUCCCUUCCUCCGGCGGCGGCGACAGUGAAGUCUUCCCAACAAUUGCAGAUGCCGGUGCCGGCCACUUUGGCUGUUGCCAUGGCUACAUCACCGGCUUUUGCGAUGCCAAUGCCACCACCACCUGGACCACAGCCGCCGGCUCAGCAAACCCUCCUCAGCAAUCUGAGGACAUUUUAA